CAUUCAGUUUGCUCCGGUAACUCGCUCUGGUAGGUGAACACUUGAAAGUAUCUGAACAACCGUGGAUUUCCAGAAAGUCAAUUGGUUUUAAAUUUGUGAAAUAAAAAAAAACAACAACUAUCAGGCCGAAACCAUGGGGGCCAUGUUCCGAAGCGAACAGAUGGACCUGGUCCAGCUGCUCAUCCAGCCGGAGGCAGCGUACUCAUCACUGGCAGAGCUUGGUGAACUCGGAAUUGCUCAAUUUCGUGAUCUCAACGUCGAUGUGAAUGUCUUCCAGCGCAAGUACACCAGCGAGAUCCGCCGAUGCGAGGAAAUGGAACGAAAGAUUGGCUACAUUUGCCGGGAGUUGAUCAAGGAUGAGGUCUCUACGCCGGAUCUGUCGGACAACAUUCCACGUACGCCCAACUCCCGCGAAAUCAUCGACCUGGAAGCGGCCCUCGAGAAGACCGAGAACGAGAUCAUUGAGCUGUCCGAGAAUAGCCAUGCUCUGCUGCAAAACUUCAUGGAACUUACAGAGCUGAGAAGUGUGCUGGAGAAAACUCAAGGAUUUUUCUCCGACAAAUCAGCAGCGCUGAACCUGGAGGCCACCGGAGGAGAUCCCAGCAGUGAGAACAAGCCACUGGGAUUCGUUGCAGGAGUGAUCCCACGUGAGCGCAUCAUUGGCUUCGAGCGAAUGCUCUGGCGCGUAUCACGUGGUAACGUCUUCCUACGUCAGGCACCCAUUGAUAAGCCAUUCACCGAUCCGCGCUCGGGUGACGAGAUCUACAAGAUCGUAUUUGUUGCUUUCUUCCAAGGAGAGCAGCUGAAAAGCCGCGUCAAGAAGAUUUGCAGUGGCUACCAUGCAUCACUGUACCCAUGCCCCAGCGAGUACAACGAACGUAGCGACAUGCUUCAGGGCGUGCGCACUCGCAUCGAGGACCUCAACAUGGUCAUCAAUCAAACCAAGGACCAACGCCAACGUGUGCUGGUCAGCGUGUCCAAGGAGGUCCCCAAGUGGGAAAUCGUCGUCAAGAAGGUCAAAGCCAUCUACCACACGCUGAACAUGUUCAACGUGGAUGUCUCCAAGAAGUGUCUGUUCGGAGAAGCUUGGGUACCGACGACCAAUCUGCAGGACGUGAAGAACGCUUUAAUCGCUGGAUCAUCCACCGUUGGUAGCACGGUUCCAUCGUUUUUGAACGUGAUUUCAACACACGAGAAUCCACCGACCUUCAACCGUACCAAUAAGUUUACUCAAGGGUUCCAGAAUUUGAUUGAGUCGUACGGAAUUGCUUCAUACCGUGAAGCCAAUCCAGCGUUGUAUACGAUCAUCACUUUUCCGUUCUUGUUUGCCAUUAUGUUUGGCGAUUUAGGACACGGACUGAUUCUUCUGCUGCUCGGAUUAUGGAUGGUGUUGUGGGAGAAGAGUCUGAACAAGAACAAGGAUGAAAUCUGGCAGCUGUUCUUCGGGGGACGUUACAUCAUCCUGCUGAUGGGAAUCUUUUCUAUGUACACCGGAUUCGUCUACAACGAUAUCUUCUCAAAGACGAUGAACAUUUUCGGAUCUUCGUGGCAGAUCAAUUACAAUACUUCAACUAUUAUGGAGAACAAGGAUCUUCAGCUGAACCCAGCAGAAGACUAUUCGGAAACAGUUUACUGGUAUGGAUUGGAUCCAGCAUGGAUGUUGGCAUCAAACAAGAUCAUCUUCCUGAACUCAUUCAAAAUGAAAUUGUCGAUUAUUUUCGGAGUGGUGCAUAUGAUUUUUGGAGUCUGCAUGAGCGUAGUCAACAACGUACAUUUCCACAAGAAGGUCAAUAUUUUGUUGGACUUUGUUCCGCAGCUGUUGUUCUUGGUAUUGCUGUUCCUGUACAUGUGCUUCAUGAUGUUCUUCAAGUGGAUUCAGUACACUGCCGUUACCGACGAGGACCACUUGAAACCGGGAUGUGCCCCAUCUGUGCUGAUUAUGUUUAUCAACAUGAUGUUGUUCAAGAACCAGGAACCAUUGGAUGGAUGCAAAGAAUUCAUGUUUGAAAGCCAGUCACAAAUCCAAAUGGUAUUCAUUUUUGCUGCGCUCAUCUGUAUUCCAUGGCUUCUGUUGGCCAAGCCAUUGUACAUUAAAUUCACUAGGAAGAGUCAUGGAGAAGGAGAUCACGUGGCUUCAGGUGGUCAUGGAGACCACGACGACGAACCGAUGAGCGAAAUUUUCAUUCAUCAGGCUAUUCACUGCAUUGAGUAUAUCCUCAGUACCAUUUCACACACCGCUUCGUAUUUGCGUCUGUGGGCACUUUCACUGGCUCAUGCUCAGCUUUCCGAAGUGCUGUAUUCCAUGAUCUUCACCAUUGGAUUGAAAUCUACUGGCUACACCGGAGCGGUAAUGAUUUACGUGGUAUUCUGGCCUUGGGCUGUUCUGACCAUCGGUAUCCUUGUUGGUAUGGAAGGUCUGUCUGCUUUCCUCCAUACCCUGCGUCUUCACUGGGUGGAGUUCAUGAGCAAGUUCUACGAAGGAUUGGGGUAUGCCUUCCAACCAUUCUCCUUCAAGGCAAUUUUGGAUGCUGAAAAUGAAGAAAAGUAAUUUCCAACAUAAUAUCUGCAUGCUAUCGGUAGCAUGAACAGAACUUUAAUCAGUUAAU